GAUGGAGGCGACGGAGCUGGAGCUCGCGGCCCAGACGGGCCCGGACGGCCCCGGCGUGUAGCGGGCGCGGCGCGGGGCGAGUGACUCGCGGCCUGUCAGCUCACGGACGCCGGCUUGGCCCGAGCUGGUCGCGGGAGCUGACAGGCGGCCGCCGGGCUUGCUUGGACCCGGGCCCCGGCCGCGCCCCCUUCCCGCCAUGGCCAAGCCCGCCAGCAAGGACUCGGGCCUGAAGGAGAGGUUCAAGAUCCUGCUGGGCCUGGGGACCUCCCGGCCGCACCCCCGCUCCGCCGAGGGCAAGCACACGGAGUUCGUCGUCACCGCCGACAUCCUGAGGGAACUGAGUAUCGAAUGUGGCCUCAAUAAUCGCAUCCGGGUGAUAGGGCAGAUCUGUGAAGUUGCCAAAACGAAGAAAUUUGAAGAGCAUGCCGUGGAGGCACUCUGGAAAGCUGUCUCUGACCUGCUGCAGCCUGAGAGGCCACCAGAGGCUCGGCAUGCGGUAUUGGCCCUGCUUAAGGCCAUUGUGCAGGGGCAGGGGGACCGCUUGGGUGUGCUCCGAGCCCUUUUCUUCAAAGCAAUCAAGGAUUAUCCCUGUCGUGAAGACCUUCCUGAGAGGCUGGAGGUGUUCAAGGCACUCACAGACAACGGGAGACACAUCGCCUAUUUGGAAGAAGAGCUGGCUGAGUUUGUCCUACAGUGGAUGGACGUUGGCCUGUCCUCCGAAUUCCUCCUGGUUCUUGUAAACUUGGUCAAGUUCAAUAGCUGCUACCUGGACGAGUACAUCGCGUCGAUGGUCCACAUGAUCUGCCUUCUCUGCGUCCAGACUGUGUCACCUGUGGACAUCGAGGUCUCUCUGCAGGUGCUGGACGCUGUGGUCUGCUACAACUGCCUGCCGGCUGAGAGCCUUCCACUUUUCCUUGUCACCCUGUGCCGCACCGUUAAUGUGAAGGAGCUCUGUGAGCCUUGCUGGAAGCUGAUGCGGAACCUCCUGGGCACCCACCUGGGCCACAGCGCCAUCUGCAACAUGUGUUACAUCAUGGAGGACAGGGCCUACAUGGAGGAUGCCCCGCUGCUGAGGGGUGCUGUGUUCUUUGUGGGCAUGGCUCUGUGGGGCGCCCAUCGCCUAUACUCUCUCAGGAACUCCCCGACGUCUGUGCUGCCAUCCUUUUAUGAGGCCAUGACCUGUCCCAACGAGCUGGUGUCAUACGAGAUCGUCUUGUCUGUGACCAGACUCACCAAGAAGUACCGGCGGGAGCUGCAGGCUGUGACCUGGGAUGUGCUGCUUUGCAUCAUGGAGCGUCUGCUCCAGCAGCUGCAGAACCUGGACAGCCCGAGCCUUAAAACCAUCGUCCACGACCUGCUGAGCACAGUGGAGGAGCUCUGUGACCAGAAUGAGUUCCAUGGUUCCCGGGAGAGAUACUUUGAGCUGGUGGAGAAAUAUGCGGACCAGAGGCCUGAAUCCUCCCUGUUAAACCUGAUCACAUACCGAGCCCAGUCCAUCCAUCCUGCCAAGGACGGCUGGAUUCACACCCUGCAGGCCCUCAUGGAGCGGUUCUUCAGGCACGAGUCGAGGAGUGCAGUGCGCAUCAAGGUGCUGGACGUGCUCUCCUUUGUGCUGCUCAUCAACAGGCAGUUCUACGAGGAGGAGCUCAUCAGCUCGGUGGUCAUCUCCCAGCUCUGCCACAUCUCCGAAGACCGAGACCACCAGGUUCGCAAGCUGGCCACACAGCUGCUGGUAGACCUGGCCGAGGGCUGCCACACGCACCACUUCAACAGCCUGCUGGACAUCAUUGAGAAGGUCAUGGCGCGUCCCCUCUCUUCGCCACCUGAGCUGGAAGAGAGGGACAUGGCUGCGUACUGUGCCACCCUGGAGGAUGUGAAAACUGCAGUCCUGGGACUUCUGGUCAUUUUGCAGACCAAGCUGUACUGCCUGCCAGCCAGCCAUGCCAUGCGCGUGUACGAUCUACUGGUUAGCCACCUGCAGCUGCAUUACAAGUGUGGCUAUUCGCUCCCCAUCGCCAGCAGCAUCCGGCUGCAGGCCUUUGACUUCCUGUUGCUGCUUCGUGCUGACUCACUACACCGCCUGGGCUUGCCCAACAAGGACGGGGUCGUGCGGUUCAGCCCAUACUGCCUCUGCGACUCCCUUGAGCCGGAGAGGGCCUCUGAAAAGGCCAGCAGCUCCCUAUCGUUGCCCACGGGUCCUCCAGGCCCCUCAGUGCCGGGCCCCACUGUGCGCUUUGGCUCCCUGCCUUACGCCCGGCUCUUUCGCGCUCUGCUGCAGUGCCUGAAACAGGAGACAGACUGGAAGGUGCUGAAGCUAGUCCUGAGCCGGCUACCUGAGUCGCUGCGUUAUAAGGUCCUCAUCUUCACGUCCCCAUGCAACGUGGACCAGCUCUCCUCAGCACUCUGCUCCAUGCUUUCAGGCCCCAAGACCCUGGACCGGCUUCGUGGUGCCCCAGAAGGGUUCUCAAGAACUGACCUUCACCUGGCUGUGGUCCCCGUGCUGACGGCACUCAUCUCUUACCACGACUACCUGGACAAAGCCAGGCAGCGGGAGCUAGUAUACUGCCUGGAGCAAGGCCUCAUCUUCCGCUGUGCCGGCCAGUGUGUGGUGGCGCUGGCCACCUGCAGCGUGGAGAUGCCCGACGUCAUCAUCAAGGCCCUGCCUGUGCUGGUGGUGAAGCUCACGCACAUCUCGGCCACUGCCAGCAUGGCCGUUCCCCUGCUCGAGUUCCUGUCUACCCUGGCCCGGCUGCCGCACCUCUACCGAAACUUCGCUGCUGAGCAGUACGCCAGCGUGUUCGCCAUCUCCCUGCCCUAUACCAACCCAUCCAAAUUCAACCAGUACAUCGUGUGCCUGGCCCACCACGUCAUCGCCAUGUGGUUCAUCCGGUGCCGCCUGCCCUUCCGCAAGGAUUUUGUUCCCUACAUCACCAAGGGCCUGCGUUCCAACGUGCUCCUCUCGUUCGAUGACACCCCCGAGAAGGACAGCUUCCGGGCGCGGAGCACCAGCCUCAACGAGAGGCCCAAAAGUCUGAGGGUAGCCAGGCCCCCCAGACAAGGCCUGAGUAACUCUGCGCCUGUGAAAGAGCUCCUGGAGAGCUGUGCUGCCGAGGCCUUCCGCUGCCGCAGCAUCAGUGUGUCCGAGCAGGUGGUCCGCAGCAGGAUCCACACAUCCCUCACCAGUGCCAGCCUGGGGUCCGCAGAUGAGAGCUCGAUGGCGCAGGCUGAUGACAGCCUGAAGACCCUCCACCUGGAGCUCACGGAGACGUGUCUGGACAUGAUGGCCAGAUAUGUGUUCUCCAACUUCACGGCCGUCCCCAAGAGGUCCCCUGUGGGCGAGUUCCUUCUGGCUGGUGGCAGGACCAAGACCUGGCUAGUCGGGAACAAGUUGGUCACGGUGACGACCAGCGUGGGCACCGGGACGCGCUCUCUGCUGGGCCUGGACUCAGGAGAGCAUCAGGGCAGCCCAGAGCUGAGCCCCAGGCCUGGCAUGCACGCGCGUCAGACGAAGGAAGCUCCCGCCAAGCUAGAGUCCCAGGCUGAGCAGCAGGUGUGCCGAGGGGCUCGCGACCGGGUCCGCUCCAUGUCUGGGGGCCAUGGCCUUCGCAUGGGACCCCUGGACGCUCCAGCCCCCCACUUCCCAGGCAGCCCUGCUGCUGCAGCUCCAAGUGCACCCGCGGGUGUCUGGCAGCCAGCUCAGAAGGAGAAAACAAACCUGGCCGCCUACGUGCCGCUGCUGACACAGGGGUGGGCAGAGAUCCUGGUACGCAGGCCCACAGGGAACACCAGCUGGCUCAUGAGUCUGGAGAACCCCCUGAGCCCCUUCUCGUCCGACAUCACCAGCAUGCCGCUGCAAGAGCUGUCCAAUGCGCUCAUGGCUGCUGAGCGCUUCAAGGAACGGCGGGACACAGCGCUCUAUAAGUCACUCUCGGUGCCGGCCGCCAGCUCGGCCAAGCCACCACCUCCACCGAGGUCCAACACAGACUCGGCUGUAGUUCUGGAGGAGGGCAGGCCAGGUGAAACCAUGCUGGCUACGGAUCCCCCCGGUUUGGAGGACCUAGGGCCAGCCCUGGACUCGGAUGGGCAUGGGCGUUGCUCUGCGCCAGUCAGCCGUUCGUCCUCCACCUCCAGCCAGGAGGAGAAGUCACUUUGCGGAGACACAAGUUCUGAAGGAAUCCCCAUCGAGCGGGCUGUGUCUGAGGGCGUCCGGCCCUCCGCCGAUCUCUCCUUCCAGCCCGCCCAACCCCUCAGCAAGUCCAGCUCAUCGCCUGAGCUGCAGACAUUGCAGGAUGUGCUGGGGGGUCCUGGUGACCAGACUGGAGGGGGCCGCCUGAGCCCCGAGACCAAGGCCCGCUCCCAGUCAGGGACUCUGGACAGGGACGGCGCACCCUGGCCGGGUCCAGGCAGGGAGAGCCGAGGGCCAGCCCCACCUGAGGGCCCUGCAUCCACCAGUUGCCCCCACUCACCCACCGGCCUGCGACCCCGAGGCUACACCAUCUCUGACUCAGCCCCAUCCCGCAGGGGCAGGAGGCCUGACCGGGAGGCCUUCAGAGCCAGGGCUGGGGCCUCCAACCCUGAGAAGGUGCUGGGCAUCAACCCUAGCUUCGUGUUCCUGCAGCUCUACCACUCGCCGUUCUUUGGGGACGAGUCCAACAAGCCCAUCCUUCUGCCCAGUGAGUCCUUUGAACGCUCUGUGCAGCUGCUUGACCAGAUUCCAUCCUACGACACACACAAGAUCGCAGUCCUUUACGUGGGGGAAGGUCAGAGCACUGACGAGCUGGCCAUCCUGUCCAAUGAGCACGGCUCUUACCGCUACACCGAGUUCCUCACAGGCCUGGGCAAACUCAUCGAGCUCAAGGACUGCCAACCGGACAAGGUGUACCUGGGUGGCCUGGACGUGGGUGGCGAGGAUGGCCAGUUCACCUACUGUUGGCAUGACGACAUCAUGCAGGCCGUCUUCCACAUCGCCACCCUGAUGCCCACCAAGGACGGGGACAAGCAUCGCUGCGACAAGAAACGGCACCUGGGCAAUGACUUUGUGUCCAUAGUGUACAAUGACUCCGGGGAGGACUUCAAGCUGGGCACCAUCCGAGGCCAGUUCAACUUUGUGCAUGUGAUCAUCACUCCCCUGGACUAUGAGUGUAACCUGGUGUCCCUACAGUGCAGGAAAGACAUGGAGGGCCUUGUAGAUACAAGCAUGGCCAAGAUCGUGUCUGACCGGAACCUGUCCUUUGUGGCUCGCCAGAUGGCCUUGCACGCCAAUAUGGCCUCGCAGGUACACCACAGCCGCUCAGACCCCACUGAUAUCUACCCCUCCAAGUGGAUCACCAGGCUCCGCCACAUCAAGCGGCUCCGCCAGCGGCUACGCGAGGAAGCCCAUUCAACUGCCCAUUCAACUGUGGCCAGCGUCCCGCUGUUGCCACCCAUGCAGACCCCAGGCCAUGCCAAGGCUCCAGCACACAUGCCCGAGCCCACCUACGAAACAGGCCAGCGGAAGCGCCUCAUCUCGUCCGUGGAUGAUUUCACAGAGUUUGUGUAGGACCACGUGGUCCCAUACUGGAGACCCCAAACUGGAGCAGGAGCCCAGGCCCCCUGCUGCCACCAUGUGAGCAAGCAGAGCAGCCACGUAGGAUGCCGAGUCUUCGGGUGAAUAAAGCUCUGGGCUGCAACUUGGGACACUCAGACCAACGGAGUCUCAGCCAAGUCCUUUAUUGACUUCGUCAGAGGGGCGGGGCUAUUGCUGCACUGCAGGGCACUGCCCCAUCUGGCAUGGCCUGACACCAGCAGGGGUCACUGCUGUGCCUCCCAGGGGCCCAGGGACACCCCCUGACACAAGGGCUGCAGCAGCCACCAGGCCUCCGGGCCCCUUGAGAAAUGGAGGAUGCACAAAAAUACACACCUUUACCCCGUAUAAAUUACACACAGACACACGGACAGAGCUGGAGUUGCAGGUACUCAGCAGGGGCACAGGAGGUAAUAAUUUAGGGGGGAGGGGUGCAGGGUCCCUCCCAGGGGUUUGGAUCCUUAGCGAGGAGGGGUCUGCCCAGGAGGAGGAGGGGCACAGCCCACUGAACCUGAGGACUCAGGAAAUAAAUUAGCGUCUCAGA